CACAUUGCAUUAAAAUUGGCAACGCAUCGUUGUUUUUUCCUCUACCGUACCGUACCAUUUUUCUCUGCUGCUAUACCGUAUCUUGUGUUUACAUUUCGCGAUGAUACCCGGACAUAAAAAUGAGAUAGGAAGUGGUCUAUUGACGGGCUUUGCAUAAUCAUAAGGCAGUUGUGUGCCAUAUGAGAGGAUAAAGGCAAGUUUUAGCUACUUUAAUAGGUAAAUGGAAAGAAGAUGAGUACUGAAAAGAAACCAAAGCCUCCUAGGCCACCUGCACCCAACCUAGCUGCAAAGAAAAACAUUAAGAAGCAAGCGUCCUCCGGGUUGUCAUUCAGCUUCAAUGACUUAAAGGCAGUAGACAGUGAUGAAGAUGACAAGAGCUUUACUUCUUUCACAAAACCUGAACGGGACACUCAUAUUUCUGAUCCAGCAAAAGUAAAAGAGUUGAAACCUUUGACAACUGCUAGUCAUGACUUCAAAACCAAAGAGAUGAAGCCUUUGACUCAUUCUAGUAAUGGUGCCAUGCUUGGAGAGCCCCUGUCUCUUCAAAAGGAAGACAGGGACUCAUCAUUUGAGGACAUCUUUGAUGCUGUCAACUGUCUCCCAAGUUCAAAACCAGUAGCUGUAUCCAAACCAGUGACAGAGCAGGUUAGGAAAGUACAAGAAGAGAUCGAAAGGUCAUCCCCACCGAGAAGUAGCACCAGCACUGAGAACAGGGAGAGCGAUAACAUUAAAAGCAAACCAAAGCUCCAAAAGGGAGGGUCAGGCAUUUUGAAAGUUGCAACAGAAGUCCUCGAGGAGACAGAAAAUGAAUCUUUCAAGUUGCCAUCAGAUUCACAGGAAGCGCUUGCAGAUCCUUUGAGCUUCCUCGAUAAGGUCAUGGAAGACCAACUAGGUAGUGGCUUCGAGGAUGAUGAUAGCAGUCUUGGAAAGGGUAGUCUUUUGAGGAAAAGAAGACAAAGUGGGAAUGGCAAGAAGAAGAUCCUUCAGCAGCAGCCUCGUACAAAGAGUUUGGAUGCUGACAUGGGUCAAAACAAUGGAAAGGUGGAGCAGGAGGAUUCAAUGGAUAUUAACCCAUGCUACUUCAAUGUCCCUACCCCUGCAGAGCUAAAGGAUGAACCAGUAAGACGGCCGGACAGUAUUCCCACCUCAAGAUCAGGUCCAAAGUCCAAAACCAAAGCGAUGUCUCUCUCUGGUCUUCUGGCCUCCCCAGACAUCACUGAAGAAGACAAUGAAAAACCAAGCUCCAGUGUCAACUCUGAUGGCUUCCAAACUCCAGACAUGCCACCAGAUGACAACGACUGGGUAACCAUUGACAAGAAAGCUCCAGCAGGCACAUCUAGUCCUCCGUCAUCCAGCCAGCUCCUGUCACCAGAAGAAGAGAAGAAAACUGUCCAAGCAACUCCUCAAGGUCUUCAUCCAUCUUUGCCUUUCUAUACCCUCUACACUUUGACAUUCCUAACUUUCCUGUACUACAUUUUCCCUUUGCCAACUUACAUCACUGGCUUCCUAACUGGCCUCCUUUGUUCCUUCUACCUUGUGUUGUUCUUGAUCUGGAUGAACCUGCCACCAACAGACAACUCUUUCAAGGAGACCGAUGGUACUGAUGGAGAUACCCUUGUCAUCCCAGGGCCUCGCCUGACUGCUUCCAAGGUCAGGACCAAAGAACAAGAGAAAGUCACCUUGAAGACUGCCCAGGAUUGCUACCAUUAUAUUGAACUACCAACCAUCGAAGAGGGCUGGAUGAAUGAAUUAUCCACUCCAUAUGAUCCUGAAACAUAUCACGUCAAUCAAACACAUUCCAUCUUUGUGCGUCUCGAAGGCCACACCCUGAGACUGUCCAAGCCAAAGCAGAAUAUUGCUCGAAGGGCAAUGUUCGAUGAGCCUACACCCCGUCCAGAAUUCAUUCACCAACGUAUCUACGACAUACGGGGAAGCCACGUUUACCUGCAACCAGAGGGUCUCGUGAAGAAGAGGUUGUGGAGCAAGAAAUAUCCAUUAUUUAUAGAGCUACCAAAGAAGGGAUUAUCUGUUGAGAAGAAGGACGUUUCACCCCCUGAUGAUGGGACAGCUCAGGGUAUGGGCUUUGAUGUCGUCAAGAAAGACGAAUGCGACGACAAGGUCUUGGUGUUGUUCGCAAGGACAGGUCGCGAGAAAGAGGAAUGGUUUUGGAAAUUUGAGGCAGCUGCAGUCGCUAACCGAGUCCGUCCAAUCCAAACACUCCACAAGAAGGUGUUUCUUGUGGGUAAUGACUUCAUCGGGGAAGAUGGGAACCCGGUGUACAGGGGUGACCCUGAUGACAUGACAUCCCGCAAAUCCAUGGUGGACUUCUUCAAGUUUCUUGCCAAGGUAAUGCCCAAGGAGAAGGAUGUCAAGGAACUCAUAGUCCAGGACGUAAAAGCCAAAGCAGGAGGGGUAACCUAUGCCAGUCCCGGUCGUAGACCUGGCAAAAGUGGGUCAGAGCGGGAACCGAGUAGCAUUCCAGGUGCAAUCAGCAAUGAUGCCCCUGUUGCUUGGGUCAACGCUGUCAUAGGGAGAUUCUUCUGGGACUUCUUGAGGGAACAGCAGUGGGCAGACCUCAUCCAGACCAAGCUACAAAAGAAGCUUUCCAAAUUAAAGGUAAAUGAAAUUUGCUUUAUGUUAUAAUAU